UGUGGAGAGCUUUCCAAAGUUUGGAAAAAAAAAAACUCUAUUGAUCUCCAUCUGGAACCUUUUUAAAAUUUAAAGCCAGAAAGUUUCAAACUGGAACUGAAUUUGAAAGAAGUGGCCAUAUAGGAGGCAAGGUUGGUUUAAUACAGUGCAUUCAGAAAGUCUUCAGACCCCUUCGUUUUUCUCACAUUUUGUUAUGUUUCAGCAGAAGGAACCUCCUGCAGAGCUGAGAGACUCGAUUGUUUUGAAGUACAGAUCUGGGGAAGGAUACAAAAAAAUUUCUGCUGCGUUGAAGGUUCCCAAGAGCUCAGUGGCCUUCUUAAAUGGAUGGGGGAAUUUUUAUUUUUUUAUUUAUUUUUUUUAUUUAAUAUAACAUGAGGCUGCAACCUAACAAAAUGUGAAAAACUGAAGGGAUAUGAAGACUUUCAGAAUGAACUGUAUCUGGUUCUGGAAGUGAUUAUUUCCCAUAGGGAAUGUCAGGUGACUCCCACUACUGUGGAAAAGAAUAGUGAUAUAAUAUGCAACGUCAUUUAAUUUGCUUUUGGAUUCUGGGUCAAUUUUGGAUUAAAUCAGCAACUAUGUUCCAGUUGCAACGAUGAACUAUUUUAAAUUUGUUACUGCUCUGGUGAGGCUCAUGGGUAUUGUAGUAUUUAGAACCAUCUCUCAUGCCAAACCUUCAAACAUACAAAACAUGAUAUGAUUUAAAAUAAAAUCAACUGAUCACUAUAACCCUAUAGGGCCUUGCAUUAUUGUUUAGUAACACUGACGAGAUCAAUAAAAGAAAUGUAUUUGAACAGGGAGACUCUCAUACAGAUGCCACUGAAUUGCAUUAUGGGAAUUGUAGGAUUCAGUGUAAAAGGAUAUUUCUGCCUCUCAAUUCUGACCAAUUUUUUUUCUUUAAAUCUGCAUCUUGUGAGUCCUCCGACUUUAUAAGUGCAACAUUAAAAUCUGGAGUGCCCCUUUAAAUUUAAGUCAAUCUGUGGUUCUUGUUCAUCUCCACUUUACUAUGCCCAGGAUCAUAAUUCAGAGUAACAGCAGCAAUAGUAGUAGCGCGCCUUUAACCAGCGUGCGUGCGCACAUGCGUAAAGUAUAGUAGGUGGCCGCGCAUGGCAUCUCCGAGCCUGCUGCUCUGCUCUGCCGUCCUCUGCCGCUGGGUCGCUGAUGAUGCCGAGCGGAGCGGGGCGCUCGUACAUUUCUAUGUGCGGCUACAACCGCAGUUCCCAAGACUGAAGUCGAAUGAAACGGGAGAGGAGCUUGAAAUAUGACGAUGGAUGGUCCGAGCCGUUUCUCAUCGCUCGGACAGCUGUAACGUUGGCGGACACACGCGUGGAUUCAUCAAAGGGUCGAGCUAAGGGCUGCACUUUGUUUGACAUUCAGCCAGUAACAGAAUGAUCGAGGAAGGCAGUAAACGAGGCAAGGCCAUGGUGGAGAAGAGGCAGCUCUUCAUGGAAAUGAGAGCUCAAAACUUCGAUGUUAUCAGACUGUCGACUUAUAGGACUGCCUGCAAACUCCGGUUUGUGCAAAAGAGAUGCAACCUUCAUCUGGUGGAUGUCUGGAACAUGAUCGAAGCCUUUCGUGACAACGGGCUCAACACAUUAGACCACAAUGCUGAGAUCAAUGUGUCACGGCUGGAGACUAUCCUGUCUUCCAUCUACUACCAGCUCAACAAGCGGCUGCCGACCACCCACCAGAUCAAUGUGGAACAGUCCAUCGGGCUGCUGCUCAACUUCAUGGUGGCCACCUAUGACAGUGAAAGCCAUGGGAAGCUGACAGUUUUCUCAAUGAAAGCAAUGCUGGCAACAAUGUGUGGAGGGAAAAUUGUGGACAAACUACGUUAUAUUUUCUCACAGAUCUCCGACUCGAGUGGAGUCAUGGUGUUUGCUAAGUUUGAUCAGUUUCUUCGGGAGGUGCUGAAGCUGCCCACAGCUGUGUUCGAGGGCCCUUCAUUCGGCUACACGGAGCAUUCGGUGCGGACAUGCUUCCCUCAGCAGAAGAAGAUCAUGCUGAACACAUUUUUGGAUGUGUUGAUGGCAGAUCCUCCUCCUCAGUGUCUCGUAUGGCUGCCACUCAUGCACCGACUUGCUAAUGUUGAAAAUGUCUUCCAUCCGGUGGAAUGUUCAUAUUGCCGGAGCGAGAGCAUGAUGGGUUUCCGGUAUCGGUGCCAACAGUGCCAUGGCUACCAGCUUUGUCAGAGCUGCUUCUGGCGUGGCCAUGCCAAUGGUCCCCAUAGCAACCAGCACCAGAUGAAGGAGCACUCAUCCUGGAAGUCUCCAGCCAAAAAGCUGAGUCAUGCAAUCAGUAAAUCUCUAGGCUGCGUCCCCAUCGGAGAGCCUCCGCAUCCUGUGUUCCCCGAGCAGGCUGAGAGACCACAGGAACUCACCCAUACUGUUCAGCCGAAACCAGUGGCCAACAACAUGAACGACACAAUGCUCAUGUCCUCCGGGGCACCUACUCCCACCAAAAGUGUCUUGGAGAGUCCCAGCCGGCUAGAUGAAGAGCACCGCCUCAUCGCUCGCUACGCUGCCCGCCUGGCAGCCGAGGCGGGCAACUCCACACAACAAUGUCCUCCAACAGAUCUGAGUUUCAACUUUGAUGCCAAUAAGCAGCAGAGACAGCUGAUUGCAGAGCUGGAGAAUAAAAACAGGGAGAUCCUCCAGGAGAUCCAGAGGCUGCGUCUGGAGCAUGAACAGGCCUCUCAGCCGACCCCAGAGAAAGCCCAGCAGAACCCAACGCUGCUGACUGAACUGCGGCUCCUCAGACACAGGAAGGACGAGCUGGAGAGACGCAUGUCAGCCCUGCAGGAGAGCAGACGGGAGCUGAUGGUGCAGCUGGAGGGGCUCAUGAGGCUGCUGAAGGAUGAGGAGCAGAAGCAGGCUUCCCAGUCUGGAGGCUCCCCUCAUUCCUCCCCCAGUCAUGGUGCAGGCUGCUCCAUGCCCAUGCCCAUACGCUCCACCUCGGCUGGGUCCACCCCGACUCACACACCGCAGGACUGCCUGGCGGGGGUGGGAGGGGACGUGCUGGAGGCCUUUGCUCAGGGUGUACCUAGAAAUCUUCGGAAUGAUCUAUUAGUUGCUGCUGAUUCAAUCACAAACACCAUGUCGUCUCUGGUGAAAGAGCUCCACUCGGUAGAUGACGGGGGAGAGGACGAGGAGACCAACAUGAGGAACGGCGGGGACAGAGGCACAGUGAGAGUACAGAAGCACUGAGGGAAAGAGAAUACCAUCCCAUCCUGUAAGGACAUACGGUCAUCAGCUGGGAAGAAUCAGUAACAACAACAACAACAACAACAACAACAACAACAACAACCCUGGCAUUAGCACGUAGAGUAAUGCAUGCUGUAAUCUAACAGGAUUUCACUAUGUGAAAAAAUUGUUUCUUCACACCUUGCAGGUAGCAAGAUGUGUCUAAUUAGCAAGUGUGUUUGUUGUCCUGUAAACAAAAACUGCUGUAAUUACCCAAUGAUUUCCCUCAUGACUGCUAAGGAAUGGCUUGCUGUGCUUUGUCCCCAAACUGUUCCACUGCAGCAGGUCAUUCUGUAUAUAAGAUACUGUAAACACAUGACCUUGGGACACGGUGAUGACCUCCCGUCACAACGUGUUCCCUGUCAUUGCUUUUGUAUGAUUAGCGCUAGUAUUUCUUUAUUUCUUUUCUUUCUUUUUUUCUAAAUUAUUUUUGCAUGAAGUUGCACUCAUGUCUGGAUUUAGGUACUGUACCAUGCUAUGCCAGCUCUUUGUGGGUUUAUGAUGACAGCUGGGGUGUCAGAAGUGUCCUGCCUCAGAAUUCAUGCUGAGUGUGUUUACUGCACAUCCACAUUCUGUAGCUGGAGUCUGAGGUCAGCCAGGACAUGCUGCAGUCUCACUUAAAGGAACAGUUCAACAUUUUUGGAAAUACAUUAUCCCCUUUAGACGAGGGGAUCAAUAUCAUUCUCAUGUCUGUCUGUUAAAUAUUGAGCUGGAGCCAGGACGUGGUUAUCUUAACUUACCUUAAAGACUGGAAAGAGGCGAAAACAGCUAGCCCUAGACUUCCCAGGGUCUUGCUGUCGCAGGCAACCAGCAAAACUCAAGAAAGUCACUGCAUCCAACUAAGACAAAGGCAUAUAAUUCCUCGUAAAACCACAACUUGUUGUUUUUAUACUUGGAGAUAUAACAUGUUAACAAGUGAGCUGUAGAGAGGUGCUGGUGCAGAUUUUUAACUCUUAAAUUAGCUGUUAUCCUGUUUUCAGUGUUUUCAGUUUUUAUUUAUUUUCUUUUUAAAGAGCCAUGUACAACGUGCAAUACAUGUUGCCAUUUGAUGUUUUGUAUCAGAGUUAGUUUAAAGCUAGUUUUUUAAAGUUUAUUCUGUUCUGGACUGUAGGUCAGCAAAAUACGCAAUCACCUCCAACUUGGGCAAAAUGUAAUGAGCCUUUUUACCAUUUUAUGAAAUUUUCUAGGUUAAAAUAUUUUUAAUCAAUAUGAGGACAUAGCGAGCUGUCAAGUAGCGUAGCUUAGCACAAAGACUGGAAACCAGGGAAAACAGCUAGCGUGGUUCUGUCAAAAGGCAAUAAAACCCACCUAUUAGCACCACCAAAAGCUCAGUAAUUAACAUGUUAUAUCUUUAAUCCGAAGGAUAAAAACAAGUUGUGGUUUGGGGUGUUUUGUGCCAGGCUAUUUCUUGGCCAGGCACAGUGAUUUUGUUGUCACCGGGAGGUUGCCAGCCAGGCAACACGACCCCCUGUAAAACCACAACUUGUCAUCUCUACACUUUACAAAAGAGAUUUACCCAGCCCCUGCCUUCAGUCUUUAUGCUAAGCUAAGCUAACUUGCUGAAAGAUGUUGUCCCACAUUGACCUCACAGACAUGAGAGUGGUAUUGAUCUUCUUAUCUCUUGACAGACGCCAGGACACCAAGGAAAUUUAUGGUAAUAUCACUUCUAUUCUUGUGUCUAGCUGUGUCCAUUAUUGCAGUAUGAAGAUACAAAUAAAAAGCUGAUGUCCAUUCUGACCUUAACCAGGAAAAUAUGAGCUGUUCUCCAGAAUACUGCCUGCAUGUAAACACACUCAGUGAGUCUCAUAUUGUACUGCUGCUGCUACUGUGCUCUCAGAGAGCCACCCUUGCAAAUAAGAGGGCUGUGCGGUUAAGAGAAACCGAGGGGCUACUCCAAACACAAUAACGAGCCGGGUCUCAUUGUUUCCUCCUGAUGGAAACUUAACUGAACCACCUGAAGGGCAUUGUAACACUCAACGCAGCACGGUGCCUCCUUCCAAAAUACACUGACUAGUUUGUAGUCUCAGUAUUUAUUGUUUCAAGUGUGGGGAAGCACCUCAGGAUGUUUAAUAGUAAUGAAUUAGACAUUGCGUUUUAGUUGUGAGUUACAAAAUGAACACUUAUACAGUAUGUGAGGAUGUAAGGUAGUCAUAAGCAAGUAGGAAAUGCUUUGAUAGCUUUAUUUAGUUAAUAAAGGAAUAUUGAAACUGUUUAUGUGCAAUGACAGUAGGUGCUCAGGGACUGCAGAGCUCUUCUAGGUGAAAUGUGGUAGUGAUUACUAGAAAAGUAAAAGGUCGAUAAUGAUUGAAAAUGAAGGGUUUCUUUCUAAAAUGCUGUGUUAUCAUGUGGGAGAAAUUCAUUACAAGUCAGUCUUUCAAACUGCUUGUUGUAAGAUUUUGUCAAGGCUUCCUAAAGUUAGGUCAUUUUAUUUUAAUUUCACCAGUCAAUUUUACUCAUUUUGGAAUGAAACUCUUCAAAUAUUUAGAGGAAAACAACAGCAAGUGAUUAAAAUGCUGGGUUAAAGAAUGUUGAUUCUAAGAAGCAGAGAAGUUUUUCUGAAGUGCUAUUUGGUGAAGCAUGUUGUGGGGUAUAGUUUGUCCGUGUGUGAAUUUGUGUCUUUCAUGGAAAUGCGAAAGCGAUUUGUUUGUCACGGAGGUAGCUGUCAACCAGACAGGUUUAUUUUGAGUCAGACAGAGAUCAGCUCCACAUUACCUUUACAUUCUUGUCUUCUGGUUCAAUGUUUUUUGUCCUUCAGGGUAGCCAUUCAUCUCAAAGUGAAAAUGAGCUACGUCUGGUUAUGUGGUGGUCUGGGAGCAGUUUCAGAAUUAUGUAAUAGGUCGAGUCUGACUGAACUAAACCACAGAAAGUGUUAGUUUUUUCUUUAUAUUAUUUGUACAGUAAGCCCAUCCUAUAAGCUAAGUAUACGGUUUCAACAACCUUUUACACUGUGUCAAGAAAAAGAACAAAAAGAGGCUCCUCCUGUUAUUGUCGUUCUAAAUGUAAUGUUUUCAUUCAGUUCUCUGUUCUGCUCUAUGUCGCCAUUAUUGUUCUUAUUCUGGUUUACAGUAUUAGUGGAGUAUCGUCAUUGUAAUGAGUUUGUCGAAACGCAGAUUCACGUGCACUGCACACUCACUUGCAUAGUUGCCCAAUUAAUAAUUCAUACAAAGCGGGACUAAAAACUGAAAUACCACAGUUUAAGAUUCUGUGACCACUGCUGUCAAAAAAGUUUAUUUUAUUCAGCUGAAAAAAGGUCCAGAAAUGACUAAAAUGCAGAGGUAAAAAUUUAAGCAGUUUCUGUCUUCCCCUUCCUUCUGGCCACACAUUUGAAUGCAAAACUUACUUUCUUUUUCCGUUCUUUCAGUUUGUGCCUGUAGCUGUUCUGUAAAGUGCUGUAUAAAGUAACCAUUCAGCAAAUAAGAUGAUCUAUCAGCCUUUAUGUCGGCGUUUUAGUCUGUGACUUUGUAGAGAUUUUAUUCAUUUAUUUAAAGUGUUCUGCAGGAAAAUUACGCUCAGCCUUUACAUUUGUGCCAAACUGUUUGCAGACAUUGUGUGUCAUACAAAUUACAGGUAUAUAUCCAAGUAUAUCUGCGUUAGUAUGUUGUUGUUGCCCAUAGUUUAUUCACAGAAUGCCUGGAGAUGUUCACAUUUAAUGGUUUCCACUGCUGGAAUCUGCUGGAAAAAACUCACAUUUACUAGUUAAUAAAGAUAGAAAACACAUUCCAGAUCUACUGAUACACAGUCACUGAUGUCAUUUAAACCAAUGCAGAGGCAAUACUAUAUAUACCCUGUCAGACCAAACUCGGGGUAAUACAAAUAAGACACAGCCGGUCAUACAGAGGUGCAUACAUUGUGAUCCUUUUAUUGUUUGCAGAGAGACAACGUGCAAAGAGGACAACCUCGACGACAACGCUCCCCUGAUGUUAUUUAUCUAUGUAUGUGUUCUGUAUGGUUAUGCUUCUGGUACAUAUUUGUUUCUCAUGUUGAUUUUACAAAACAUAGUUUUAUGUCACAAAGCCACUGUCUUUUGUAAAUAAAUCAAAUGUGAGAUAUAUUGAAAAGAUUUAAAAUAUGUCUCUGACUUGUCAUGUUA